ACACGAUUUACGUGGCUCCGGACGCACAGUGUCGGGGCCGUGGUGAGAUCAACGAGUUCGAAGAUAGAAGAGGUCGAACGACAAUGGUGGGGGUAUGGACCAACUAGAAAUCUCAAGAGCGGGGAGCGAAGACCGGUGGGCUAUGCCAACGGCGACCUCAGAAAUGACUCGUGAUCGCGCUGAAACCAAAAUGGCAAAAGGAACGGAGAACACUAGCCAACCACAUCCUUUUCCUUUUCAACAGUUUGUUAUGCUCGUUCACGGGCUGACGUGCUCAUACUUACAACAAAUCGGAGACUUAGUUUUCACGCACUCGUCUAAUAAGCAAAUUUACUGUAAUAUUUAUCACAGAAAGAGGAAGGGAAAUGUAGGAAUGAGUAAAGGAGGUCAACCAACAAGAUCGUGUUAAGUAGAAAGUGGAAAGUAUUCUUAAGGUCAAUGACUUCAUCCCACGUGUAAUAAUGUGUGCCGCCGGCUGCACUUCACAAUGUAUUACAUUUCAAGGUCAUGUAUAUAUGUAUAUACGAAAAUGCUUCGUUUAAUUUUCUCUUCUGUGUACGUAGAUACUUACAUACGUGUGCAUGUCUUUAGUAUCAUUUUUACUGUAGAUUCAUCGCACUCGACUGAGAAAUAUUUCAAACAUAAAGCAAAUGAGUUACGUCAGUGACGUUUGGAUUUUUAUCUUCCGUAUUUGAACCUGGGCUAAGUUAACCCCAUCUGCUUGCUAUAGCAACGUAUGGAACGAACAAUAUUUAAAAUUAAAAUCUCUAUUAAUCAUUUUAGAUAAAAAUACUGUAAUCUCUCAAAAUGAAAUUAUUAUUAAUUGUGGCCUUGUUAAUGAAUAAUUUAUUGAUUAAUUGAUUAUUCAA